AUGAAAGAUGCAGGCAACCAAACAAUCCAAUACUGCUUUUCAAACAACAAUCUGUCAUGCAUCAAAGAAGUCAAACCUGAAGCGGAGUACAUCGUUAUGUACAUUUUUAUUUCUUUAGCAUCAUUUUUCACCGUGUUUCUGAAUCUGCUGGUGAUCAUCUCUAUUUCUCACUUCAAGAAGCUUCACACUCCAACUAACCUGCUGAUUCUCUCUCUGUCUGUGGCCGAUCUGAUCGUGGGACUGAUUGUUAUACCCUUGAUGGGUGUCAGAUACAUUGAGACUUGUUGGUACUUCGGAGAGACGUUUUGUUCUUUAUUUCCAUUUAUUCUUUAUACGGUUGUUUCAGCAUCUCUUGGUAACUUAGUUUUUAUAUCUGUAGAUCGUUACAUUGCUAUUAAAGAUCCUCUGCAAUAUUCCACGAGGGUCACCACCAACAAAGCGAUUUUUUGUAUCAUUAUCAACUGGUUAUGUUCAAGCAUUUAUUCUGUUAUUAUGUUAUACGAUGCAAUCUUCUAUACAAAAAAUCAAAGUGUUUGUUACGGGGACUGUAUUGUUACUGUCAAGUUUGAAUAUUUUGUCACAGACCUCAUUGUCUCUUUAGCGGCCCCUUGUUCUAUAAUCAUAUCUUUGUAUGGGAAGAUCUUCUGUGAAGCACAACAUCAAGCUCGGCUGUUAAACUCUUUAACAAAUGCCAGCAAAUCAGAAAAGAAGGCAGCAAAGACAUUAGGAAUUGUGAUAACGGUUUAUCUUCUGUGCUGGAUACCGUAUUACAUAGCCUCUCUUAUUCCAGGUUAUGAUUCAAACGAAUCGACUGUAAUCAAUAUUAUGUGUUGGAUUAUGUACAUGAAUUCCUGCAUGAAUCCCAUCAUCUAUGCGCUGUUUUAUCGAUGGUUUAGAAUAUCAGCCAAACACAUUCUGUCUCUGAAAAUAUUGGAACCAUCGUCAGAAUAUUUGAGCGUGUUCACAGAGGCAACAAGUGACCAUUUGUAG